AUGGAUGCUGGCACUGCAAAUACGAUCCCCAACAAAACCGAGAGCAUCGCUGAACAGGCAACAAAGUCGCCUGCUCAAACCUCGUCCAUUUCCCCACUCUUGGCUCAGAUCGGGGUCGACCCUGUGACGGGGAUAGAGACCACCCUCUCCCUCUUCGCUUUCACCGCCGAGAACGAAGACGAGCUCUCUUUCCCUGCCAACGAGCUCAUCCGGAUCGUGGAAAAGGACCAGGAAUACAACGACGGGUGGUACAGGGGGAAGAACCAAAAGGGGGAAGAGGGGCUCUUUCCGGCGAGUUAUGUCUUGCCGACGGGAGCGGACCCGAAACCGUAUUUGGAGAUGCAGCAAGCUCCUCAACCUCUGAAUAUCUCCAACUCUAAAUCCGGCCCGGGGACGCCUGUGGGGGAGACGGUCGCAGAAGCAGGCGAGGGUGUUGCGGGACCGACGGGCUUGGGAAUAGGAGGUGUGGUCACCGAAGCAAAGACGGAAGCGCCUCGACCAGAUUCACCGGUGAAAUCCCUCAGUCGACCGAGAUCGACUCUUUCCCUCCAAAGUCAGGAUUCUGGCAGGGUGCAGAUUCCGCCUGCCGCGAGUACCCAUGGCGAGACCAACGAUAACAAUAAUAUCCGGGCCAGAUUGGCUGAGCAGGCCAGAUUGGAGAACGAGAAGAAGGAGAGGAAUCGGGCUGAUGAGGAAGCGGCGGAGAGGGAUGACGAGGAGCAGACCGGAAAAGGCUUUGCGAGAUUCGGAGCGCUUGGAGCUGGCAAGACGGCCGAGCCAGCGCGUCGCCUGGAUCAGAUUCAGGAGAAGGACAAGGUGGAGACGCCGGUCGACACCCGCGCCGGCCUGGAACCUUCAGCACCGAUCAUCGCCCCCGCCGGGUCCGGGUUCUCAGGUGGCAACCCUCACGAGUGGGGCGUCGCCGAGGUCGUUGAAUGGGCUCGGUCCCGAGGCUUCGACGACGCCAUUUGUGAAAAAUUUGCCGAACACGAGAUUACUGGGGACGUGCUUCUUGAACUCGAUGCGAACCUGCUCAAAGAGUUGGAAAUUCCUCAAUUCGGCAAGCGGAUCAAGAUUGCCAACGCGAUCGCCGACUUGAGGCGCCCUCAAUCAACCUUGUCGAUGGGUAAUGCUUCGAACCGAUCUUCCACUGGACUCGUACGAGGUCCCUCCAUGACUCAGAUGGGAGGCCUGGGCAGUGCCGGGGCGUCGCCUACUGUUCUCGUUGGUGGCUACCCGACUUCUCCCACCGGUACCCCCGCUUCGGGCAACUAUGGCGAAUGGGCUCACUCUCGCAAGUCUAGCGUUUCGACCAGUCUCGUCAAUGCGCCUAUUCGCGAAGAGGACGAGUCGGGCAAGCGGGACCAUCGACCGCCUUCGGUCCACCAGAGCAUCACUCCCGAUGCUCCGACCUCGGGCAUGUUGCCCCCGACCGAUUCCCACCACCGUGCCAACUCGAUUCGUAGCAUCGCAUCGAGCAUUCCUUCUUCCCCGCAGACGCCCAACACGAAACGCAAUUCGACCGAGCAGCGUGCCUUGUUCGGACAUAAAAAGGCCAAGAGCAGUCUGGACGGGACCCGGCCUCCGAGUGAGAGGAUGAGUUUCUUCGGCGGCACGAUUGGUAGGAACCGAAAGCCCGCACCGAGCGCCCCGACCAACCGAAUAACCAAAUCUUCAAUCGGUCCCGCUACGGCACCCGUGCACGGAAACCAGCGAGUCUCUCAGGGAACGCCUGCCCCGGCCGCCUUGUCGUCCUCACCUACGACUCCCAUGCGAACCCCUAGCGCUGCCGUUGAUCGCAACGAGAGCUCGGCCAUGUCCAAGAUUGGCAAGCCCGAUUUCGCCGGCUACAUGAAGAAGAAGGGUGAACGUUACAAUACCUGGAAGAAUCGAUACUUUGUCCUCAAAGGUGCGCAUCUCUACUACAUGAAGAGUCCACAGGAGGACAAGGUCAAGGGACACAUCGACCUGGCCGGGUACAAGGUCUUGUCCGACCCGAAUGCGGGGUCCGGGUUCGGAUUCCAGUUGGUGCAUGAUCGGGAAAAGACGCACUUUUUCGCUAGCAACGAGCAUCGGGUCAUCAAGGAUUGGAUGAAGAACUUGAUGAAGGCGACCAUCAGUCGGGACUAUAGCGCACCCGUGGUCUCGUCCUGCAACAUCCCGACGAUCCCGCUUCGAGAAGCCCAGAUGUUGGCGCCUCGACCUCCUUCUCCCGGACAGAGGGAGGCCGCUCAACGUGCGGCUAGAAGGGACGACCCUAACAAGCUGACCCCGAGGGACGCUAGCGUGCUGAUGUCGUUGGAGGGUUCUCCGACUGCGGGUAAGCGGAGCACUUUGGGACCGGGGAUGAGCGCGCCUGGACGACCUAGUCGGGAUCUGCGCCGACCCAGUGAAGGUCGACCGGGUACGACCGUGAGGGUGACCCCUAUGGCUCCCUCAGCUCGACUUGGUGACACCUCUGGUCUCCUCGACUGGUUCAACGCUCGACUGCCCUUCGACCUCCCCGAACGGGCCACCUCGCUCUCUUCCUCGUUUGCCGAUGGGAAACUCGUCACCCGGCUCAUCGAGACGUAUUGUCACCCGGAAUCGUCUUCGGCCAUCCCGGCAGAGGAAGCCAUCUUCACCCCCGUCGCCCCUGGUGAACCUAAUCUCGAGGGCUUGUUCACGAUGAUGGACAAGUGUAUCGACGAAGGGGUGGACACGGUUGGCGUGAGCAUCAAUGACGUGAGGUUGGGACACGAGGAGGAGACGGCGAGGUUGUUGGUCAGUCUCAAGGGAUGGAUCGAGCAGAGGGAGAGAGAGGGUAGGUAG